UCCAGGUGGUUUCUCUGGUCCUCAGCGGUGCCCUGGACCCUAGGAUGCCCCAUCACCCAGGGCUCAGCACCUCAGACUCUUCCCUUCCUGCGGGCAUGUUGACACCAAGAAUUCAAAGGAUUUACUCUGGCCCUUUGAGGACAGGGUCUCCUGAAGACUCCCCAGAUUCCACUCCCCAGAACCCCAGCCGGGAUCUGUUUUCUUUUGCCUUGCAUUGAAGACCCCACCACUCCCAGAGGACACAGUGCUGGAUGAAGCCAGGUGAUGCCUUCCAUACAGGGAGAUUCUGGAUGGGCAGCAAGGGGGCCAGGAUCCAAGGUGGCAUGUUGACUCUCCAAAGGAUGUGGGCCGGGGUGCUACGCUUACCAAUCCUGUAAGAACAGAGGGUCUGGACACCCAUCUUGAAGCACGUAGGAACACACACACACACACACACACACACACAUCUCCCUCAGCACCACUUCAUCCGUGGGGGACACCAUGGCAGCCCGGAACAGAAACACCAGUCUUGCACCCAACUUCAACGCACUCCAAGACCAUGCCUCCUCCCUGCCCUACAACUUCAGUUACGGUGACUACGACCUCCCUCUGGAUGAAGAUGAAGAUAUGACCAAGACCAGGACCUUCUUUGCCGCCAAGAUCGUCAUUGGUGUCGCCCUGGCAGGCAUCAUGCUGGUCUGCGGCAUUGGCAACUUCAUCUUCAUCGCUGCCCUCGCCCGCUAUAAGAAGCUGCGCAACCUCACCAACCUGCUCAUUGCUAACCUGGCCAUCUCCGACUUCCUGGUGGCCAUCGUCUGCUGCCCCUUCGAGAUGGACUACUAUGUGGUGCGACAGCUCUCCUGGGAGCACGGCCACGUGCUCUGUGCCUCGGUCAACUACCUGCGCACCGUCUCACUCUACGUCUCCACCAACGCCUUGCUGGCCAUCGCCAUCGACAGGUACCUUGCUAUCGUUCACCCCUUGAAGCCACGCAUGAAUUAUCAAACGGCCUCCUUCCUGAUCACAUUGGUCUGGAUGGUGUCCAUUCUCGUCGCCAUCCCAUCGGCCUACUUUGCCACAGAAACUGUCCUCUUCAUCGUCAAAAAACAGGAGAAGAUCUUCUGUGGCCAGAUCUGGCCCGUGGACCAGCAGUUGUACUAUAAGUCUUAUUUCCUCUUCAUCUUCGGUAUCGAGUUUGUGGGCCCCGUGGUCACCAUGACCCUGUGCUACGCCAGGAUCUCCCGGGAGCUCUGGUUCAAGACAGUCCCUGGCUUCCAAACAGAGCAGAUCCGGAAGCGGCUGCGCUGCCGUCGGAAGACGGUCCUGGUGCUCAUGUGCAUCCUCAUGGCCUACGUGCUGUGCUGGGCGCCCUUCUACGGCUUCACCAUCGUGCGCGACUUCUUCCCCACCGUGUUCGUCAAGGAGAAGCACUACCUGACGGCCUUCUACGUCGUCGAGUGCGUCGCCAUGAGCAACAGCAUGAUCAACACUGUGUGCUUCGUCACCGUCAAGAAUAACACCAGGAAGUACUUCAAGAAGAUGCUGCUGCUCCACUGGCACCCCACCCACCACGGGAGCAAGUCCAGUGCUGACCUUGACGUCAAGACUAGCGUCAUGCCCGCCACUGAAGAGGUGGACUGUAUCAGGCUGAAGUGAUCUGCAGGUGUUUCCCACUUGAAAGCCCAGACGCGUCCAUCACGCACCAUCAGCCACACUCCUGGAUCGUGUGGUGAAAGAACAACUCCAUCGGGUUCACUCUCCACCGUCCUCCAGCGCUGGGCCUUGAAGGGCAGAGCACGCAAUGAGAAUCACCAGGAGUCGCAGCAGCGUUCAUCUGAGGUCUGCUCAGCAUCUCCUGUGUGCAAACCCCC